UUUACUUGCGCUGGGCGUCAGUCCCACUUUGACUCUUCAUCGAAGUGUGCACCCUGUAUGGGUUGGCUUGAUGAACUUGCAUCUCUUAUUGUUGAUGCUAUGACUGAGCGUGUCACAGCCAUAAAGUGUAUGGACAUACCGUUAAGAUCGAAGAAAAGCUUACCAGCUAUUGGUCUGAAGUUAGAUUCGUCAAUGUCAUUUAGCCCGAUCAUCCGUGGUCCAAGAAGCGGCACUGACGUCGGGAAGCAAUUCAGGGAUUUCUGGGGGGAUAAAUCUGAGAUAAGACAUAUUGGUGGGGAUUUGUUUGAAUGCGUAAUUUGGGACUCCUCAAAGAACAUUACGUCACAGAUAAUCGACUACAUCAUCCUUAGGAAAUUCAAGUCUAUCGAUAAACCGGGUUUAGGGUCUUGGCAUCAUGUAGCGUCCACGCAACUUAGUGGUCUGCUGCGUUCGCUUUCGCCUUGCCAUGCGUCCCUACGAUUCCCAUCUCGGGCGAGCGGGCUUCAUCUCGUUCGGUCCCUUGAUAAACUCACUUCAGUUUUAUGUGGUUUUAAUAAACAUCUUCCUUUGAACGUUAUGGGUAUGCAAGGUGUGUCGGCAGAAUUUCGCGAAACUUCUGUCUUUGCUCCUAUUGUGUCCGUGCCUAGUACUGCUCUAAAGAAGUCGAAACCUCUCACAAAUGGCGUGUGGCAUGACGUUCAUCACGCUCUCCGACCUCUAUAUGCCAUAAUGAACAUUGAAACCUCUAGCAGGUGGCCGCGCGAUAACUACCUGGCCUUUUUUCAUAUGAAGCGUCUUUUUCUCCUUCGCAUCAAGGAACUGCUUGUUUACAUUGGGGUUCCAUCUCGAAUAGUUUCUUCUGGACUGAUAGACAUUUUUAUUAACGGUAUUGUUCUCCGGAUUGGAUUCUGUCAGCCUCUUGAACUUUCAUUGUUGAGACAAUUUUCUGGUCUGAACAAACAAGAAGGUGUAAAGGCGUCAUUCCAAAGUGACCAAAACCACCCAACCAAAGAGCCGGAGGCAAUACGCAGAUGGCUGGUGUUCAAUCAGUGGUUACCUACUGUAGCUGCUCAUUUGGUAGCCAUCUCUAGAAGCCAUUCGCAUACAUUUCCUGAAGCCUGUCGUCUGGCGAAAAGAUGGUUCUCUGCACAUGGGUAUCCGGUUAUCCAAUGCCCUGAUUUGUGUACUGAACCGUGCGGGCUUGAUUCCCAACUUGUCCAUUUGGGGGAUGCGGAUCUCGGUUCAACGCAGUGCCGCUUUUCUGAAAUAGCUGUGGAAUUGCUAGUCGUACAUGCAGGCGGCUUCACUCCUGCCGUCCAAACCCAAUCUUACUCAGCGUGCCUACCGGGUGCCACGGAGGACAACUUCGUUUCUUCUUCGUCAAUGGCGACAUUUUUGCGUUUUCUUCGACUCUUAUAUACAUUCGAUUGGACAAAUGAUAUCCUUCUGGUUGACCUAAACGAUGGGUUCUCGGGGAAGGAUGGUCAAGAGAGAGCUGGCGCGAUCGUGACCACAUUCAAGGUGAAUCCUCGCACUGAGUUGCCUGCGAUGGUAAUCGCUACUCCGCUUGACCCUUCAGGCACUCAGUGGACUCUCCAAGGUCCUUCAGCGGAGGGCCUCAAACGUCUUCAAAGACUGGCGAUGCAAUCGUAUGAACUACUCCGAGCCAUGUUGGUUGCCGGUGCUAACAUUUCAGACUUAAAGGCGGUAUUUCGACCGGAUUUGUCGGAGAUGGAUGUUGUAAUCAAGCUUAGACCCUCUGUUUACAAGACUCGUAUCUUGGAAGCUGUCGAUCUUGAAGUUCCAAGUUGGGUGCUGAAGAAAACCCCUUUUACGAAUGACAAAUCGAAGGCUGCUCCCAAAGGCACAGUGGUUACCGAGGAACCCGAUCCUGUGACUCUCGACCUUCCCCACCCCGGUGCAAGUUAUUGGCCAAAGGGUUACCUUUGUGACCCUGUCACUUGGAUUCUGCGCCACGUUCAGGCAGCACUUGACAAGUGGGAACUGUUUGAGUACAUGUGGGAUCGUCACUCUGGGCGCUGGAUAGGGUUACGUAUAAAGGAUGCCCCAAAGUUUGCCCACCUGCGUGAACUGAAGUCAUUCACCGAGCCUAACCUCUGUAUGGCGGGUGGCUUCGCUUGUCACCGCGAAUCCACCACUGGUUUGUUUCUUUCUGUGGAUGUACAGUCGGCCUUAGAAGCGCUACAUAUCUGGGCCGCAGAAAUGGUGGAUUGGGUGCGGAUUCAACGCCCUCUUUCCUUCAAACUGCCAGGUCUGGAAGUUCAGGGACCGCCCAUAGAGAUCUCCCCUUCCGCUGCCACGAAGAGAAAGAAUCUCUGUGAAAAUGGUGGCAGUGCAAAAAAGACGAGGGAAAGAAGUGUUGGAAACUACAGCAUUGCUCCAAAAACUAGGAAGAAGCAGAAGUGA